AGCCAUCUUGGCUCAAGUCAGCGUUGGCCCCGAAGACUCGCCGCACGCGCUCCCGAGGCCUGGCGCCCCUUCGGCCUUCGGCCAUGGCACCUCGCCGCCCGGGCCGUGCCCUCCUCGCCGCCGCGGCGGCGCUGUCCGCCGCGUGGGCGGUCCGCACCGCGUUCGUCCCGUCGCCGCGGGCCGCGCCGGCACCGCAGGCCCUGGGCCAGUUCAGCCCCGCGCUCGCCGUGUCCGCCGCGCUGCCAGCGCUGACGCUGCUGGCCGAGGACGCGGAGGCCAAGUACGGCGACCAGAGGACGAAGUGGCACUCCAUCCUCGUGCCGCUGACCACCCUGAUCGUCCCGGGCAUUGCGUUCGCAGCCUUCCUGCUGUACACCUUCUCCGAUGACUUCGCCUGGCAGCUGAACCCGAACGCGCCGAAGAACAUCGAGAAGCAGGCCCAGUACGACAUGGUUCCCGCCUGGAAGAACCGCAGCGAUCCUUUCAGGGGCCUGCUGAACAAGGAUGACUUCGAGAAGGGCCUCGAGGAGGCCUGGGAGAAGGCUAAGCCGGCGGGGAGCAC